AUGCGUUCCUCCGGAGUAAUGAAGCAGGAACGGAAAAUGUCGAUUGCCAAAGAGGGGAUCUGUCGAAUUAAUCUAGGAUUCGUCAGCGCGAUUGGUUACCAGAAGCCGAGUCAGGAAGUUGCAGACGCAACACAAAAUGUCAACAUCAGAAUCGAUAACGGUGUCCUCCCGUUUCAAGUCCGGAUAUACGCCCAGAGCUUGAACAUGUCGAUGCUUUGGCCAGUCCCACUCCCCACCGCAAGACGUGGAACGUCUCUUUCGAAUUCUCUGGAAGCUGGCACGUAUCGGUUGGAAACGAGGUUGUCAGCCGCCUGCAACGUCUCAGCCAGAGGAUUCGAGAAGGUCGCAGUGCGAAUUUGGAUGAUUGGACGGGCGGCACCGCUAUCCUAG